AUGGCUAAUGUGACUGAAUUCAUUUUUCUGGGACUUUCUCCCAAUCGGGAGGUGCAGAAAGUUUUCUUUGUGCUAUUUCUGCUUUUGUACAUAGCAGUUGUGCUGGGGAAUUUCCUCAUCGUGCUCACUGUCAUGAGCAGCGGAAGUCUUGGUUCCCCCAUGUACUUCUUCCUGAGCUACCUGUCCUUUGUGGAGAUCUGCUACUCCUCUACUAUAGCCCCCAAACUCAUCUCGGAUUUGCUGGCUGAAAGGAAAGCUAUUUCUCUGUGGGGCUGCAUGACACAGCUUUUCUUUAUGCACUUCUUUGGGGGCACUGAGAUCUUCCUGCUCACUGUGAUGGCCUAUGACCGCUACGUGGCCAUCUGUAGGCCCCUCAGCUAUACCACUAUCAUGAACCGGCAGGUAUGUGCUGUCCUGGUGGGAAUAGCAUGUGUGGGGGGCUUUGUGCAUUCCUUUGCCCAAAUCCUUCUGAUCUUCCACUUGCCCUUCUGUGGCCCCAAUGUGAUUGACCACUAUUUCUGCGACCUGCUUCCCCUGCUCAAACUUGCCUGCUCUGACACCUUGCUUAUUGGUCUGCUGAUUGUUGCCAAUGGGGGAACCUUGUCUGUGAUCAGUUUUGUGAUCAUCUUAGCCUCCUAUGUGGUCAUUUUACUCCAUCUGAGGACUCGAAGCUCUGAGGGGCGCAGCAAGGCCCUUUCCACUUGUGGGUCCCAUAUCACCAUGGUUACCUUAUUCUUUGGGCCAUGCAUCUUCAUCUAUCUGAGGCCUUCUACCACCUUGUCUAUAGACAAGACAGUGGCUGUGUUCUACACAGUGAUCACCCCACUGCUCAACCCUGUCAUCUACUCCUUGAGAAAUGCCGAAAAGGCGUUGAAGAAACUGUGGAUCAGGACAAUGAGGCUAGAUGAGAAGUAG